AUGGACAAUUUUCCGUACUAUCGAAAAGAUCAACGCGGCUGGCAGUGCCAGAUUCGUCAUACGCUCACUACAAAUUCCUGUUUCAUGAAGAUACCACGUCCACCAAGCGAUCCGGGACGCGGAAAUUACUGGACCGUGAACCCAGAAGUUGAGUCUAUCAAGAAGAGUGCGUCACCUGGACAAGCGCAAGUCGUCACAAACGCAUUUGAAUCGAAAUAUAACGUUAAUCAAGCAAUGGCACAGGGAGUACCACAUCCACAAAUGUCAACGGCUAGGUAUUUUCCAACUCCACAAGAAAUUGAGCGGACGCAACAAAUGAUGAUGGAACAUGCGCUGCUAGAACAGCACGCAUGGUUCUUGCAUCACCAGCAACAAACGAAACUGUUGCAACAACAAUUGGUCACUCUACAACAACAGCAAUAUCAGCAACAGUGUGAAGAGAUCUUUAGGAAGAUAACUUUCCAUCAACAACAGUGCGCUUUUUUGUCUGCCACACAUUACCCCAUGUCUGAACCGAAUUCGUUUCAAUGA